ACCCAUCAGGAGCAAUUUGGGGUUCGGUGUCUUGCUCAGGGACACCUUGACAUGAGCUCGACAGAUCAGGGAUCAAACCGGCAACCCUCAAGCUACAAGACGACCGCUCUACCCACUGAGCCACAAUUUUUUCAUAAAGGUUCCUCAUGUGUCUUGAAAAGAACAGCAUUCAUUUGUCAGAUUUGUGGUUUAUUUAUUUAAUUGAAUGAAUUAAAUCCUCUAAAUGGGAUCGGUUCUGGUUCCUUCAGCAGCGGACGGCAGCGUUGUUUGUUUGUAGUGUGCUGUGAGCGUCCAUACAAACACACUUUAUAUGUUUAUUUGUGGUUGUUAAAAGAACUUUCCGUCCCUGUUUCUGAUUAAACAAGCUGCAUACAGCAACAGGUUUUUUUUGUUUUGUUUUUUUGUGGUAGGGUCCUGGGUCCUGGUCCGCAUCCAGACACCAAGACCUGCACCAGCCCCGUGAACGACUUUCCAAACCGACUGUUUCCUGAGCCGCUGCGAAGCAGAUUUUACCUUACAUUUUCUUUUCUAAUCUCUCAGCACAAAGCGUACGCGCUGGUCAGUGUCGUUGGUGAUUGAUUCCUCCCGAGCCAGAGCGGAACGGUUGAAGGUUCGAGGUCUGCAGACCUCUGGUCUACAGGACAGGAACGUUGCGGUAACACAGGACCAUGAUCAGUCCACCAGCCGAGGCCCGACAGGAUGAGAAAACUACGGCCUCACGAGCUCAAAGACAACCAGCUUUUACAGAUUUCCUUCUUUCUGAUAUGGAUUAGAGUUGGUUUCCCCAUCUUCACCACACUAAUCCACAGUCCUCCGGCCUUGCUCUCUUCUUCUUCUACUUCUUCUCCUUCAUCUUCUUCUUCUACUUCUUCUCCUUCCUCUUCUUCUUCUACUUCUUCUCCUUCCUCUUCUUCUUCUACUUCUUCUCCUUCCUCUUCUUCUUCUACUACUUCUUGUUUUGCUGCUGUGUUGGCUUUUAUUGCCAGCGUUUGUAACUGGUUUCAGGUGCGAACAUUUAUUCUAUUUUUCUUCUUCUUUAGUAAAAUCUUGUUUUCUGACAGAUUUGUAUUUUCUCAGAUUAACGACCUGUGAUCUCUCAUCACUGUUUCUAACGUCAGGAUUUUACUGUUUCACUGUGAAGUGUUUAAUUCUGCUGUUAAAGGUGGACGAAGCGGCUGUGAAAUUAAACCUGAGGGGCUGAUCGAGGUUAACAAUGAGAGAGAGAGAGAGAGAGAGGUGGAGUCCGACUGCGAUGGUCGGAGAUCCUGCAGCUGGAGGCUGAGCAGCUUCCCGUCAUUCAUCCACUUUGCUGGGAUUCAGCAUCGUUGGUCGGCAGGGUUCCAGAUGAAGGUGGAGGGCUUACAGGAGGAUGGGGAGUCCAGUUCUGUGCCGUCAGCGGACCGGACAACGUGCCCCAGCUCGACCGAAUGCUGCAUGUCUCGGCUGCUGAGCGCCGUGGAGAGCGAGCUGCAGGCCGGCCGGGAGAAGGGCGACCCGACGGAGAGAGAGCUGAGGGUGACGCUGGAGGACGCCGAGCUGUGGAGGAAGUUCCAGCUCAUCACCAACGAGAUGAUCGUCACCAAGAACGGACGUCGGAUGUUCCCGGUCCUGAAGGUAAGCGUCUCCGGUCUGGACCCCAGCUCCAUGUACUCCUUCCUGCUGGACUUCGUGCCGGCCGACAGCUGCCGCUGGAAGUUUGUGAACGGGGAGUGGGUGGCAGCCGGCCAGGCGGAGGGCCGCGGCGAAGCCCGGGGCCACGGCGGGGUCUACAUCCACCCGGACUCGCCGAACUUCGGAGCCCACUGGAUGAAGGCGCCUGUGAGCUUCAACAAAGUCAAACUGACUAAUAAAGUCAACGGAGGAGGACAGAUUAUGUUAAACUCUCUUCAUAAGUACGAACCUCAGCUCCACAUCGUGUGCGUUGGCUCCCGUCAUCGUCUGGUUUCCAAUAUUUCCUUCAAAGAAACUCAGUUCAUCGCAGUCACUGCCUACCAGAAUGAAGAGAUUACAGCUCUGAAGAUCAAAUACAACCCGUUCGCCAAAGCCUUCCUGGACGCCAAAGAGAGGAACCCGGGGGGGCGGAGUUUACCAGAGUCAUCUGAGAGAGUCGGGAUUCAGUCCUGUUGGUCUCUGUGCACGGCUGGAGGAGGUGGAGCUUUUCCUUACAGCAGCAGUCUCCCUCUGGCGUCGCAUCAUCACCAUGGUUACAAGCAUCACGGUUACCCAGGGAGACACACACCUUACCCCACGGCCUACCUGCCACACCGCUCACACUCCUCAGUGUGUCUGGCUGAAGGAGUUCAGGUGUUAACAGACGGCUGGGGCAGCUCCUCCCCUCGUCCACCCUCCUCCUCCUCUUCUUCACCACCCUCCUCCUCCUCCCUUCCUCUGACCAGCAGCAUUACAUCCUCGCAGCCUCUUCCUCCUCCUCCUCCUCCUCCUCACAGCUCCAGCCAGUAUCCCUGUUUGUGGACGGUCGGAUGCAGUGAUCUAAGCCCCGCCCACUCACCCUGCGCCACUCUGCAUGGACCAAUGAGCAGCGAGAGCCUCAUGCAUCCACCUGGACACAGUCGAGUGGGUGGAGCCGGGUGGCCCCCAGGCCCCUCCCACUCUUACUGAGGAGCUGACUACUGUUUGUUAUGAUGUGUAAAUACGAUUUGUGACCAUGUGACCACUUUAAACGCGUUCACCUGUUCUGGUCGGUAAAUUCUGCUUAUUAUUAGUGAUGUAAAUACACAUCAUGUUUGUUUGACUUGUUAAACUUGGUAAAAGUAAUGGCAGGACGGGUCCUGAUGUUGAUCAUAAAACACUGAUGUUGUGGCGCCCCCUGCUGUCAGAGGGUGAAAUUUUGCUAUCGUUUUACGUCAGCUGCUGCUUGUUUUUAUGUCUUCUUGCUUCUAAUUGUUGGUGAGAAACAGACCUAAAAAGUACGAAUUAAACUGCAGAAUAAAAAAUAAAAACAGAAUUAUUUUCCUGUU